AUGGCGCCGGAACACUCCCCUAACAAUCGGCUGAUGCGGGAAGACCAGUCAGAGGACACCGUUGGAAUCACGGACGACAGCAAUAUGACAGUUGAACCUUCUGCCAAAAGGAGGAGGGUAUUUUUGCAGACUAUGGGCCAGCAGCUCCGAGAGGUGGGCGUGUUGCAAACAAGCCCAAGAGAAGUCGCCUCGGAUUUUGUUAGUGGUGCAAGAGACGCAUCGCAUGUCCAGCCUCUGGACGGGACGCCUAGAACAGGUGGCUCACAGCAUGUAAAUGUGCAGACCCAAACGCCGGACAGCGAUGCUGUCCCGGGAAUGGAUGACCAGCCUCUAACUGGGGCUUUAAUGAGCGCGUCCAAGAGCCUCUGGCUGCCUGGCGAGAUCUUGACUGUGCCUAUCGAAGAAGGGGGCGAUACCUUCACGUUUGAAGACCUUCUGUCCUGGACGUGUAGCUACUUUGAUAACUGGCAUCCGGCGUAUCCCUUCCUCCACGCCCCCUCUGUUCUCGAACAUUUCGGCCAUGUGAUAGACCACGGAGUAUUAGACUCCACGGAUUCAUUAAAGCACAAGCUUACAAUCCUUCGAUCCAUCAUGUCAGUGUCACUUAUAGAUCGGAGACAAACGGCGACAACGAUGAGGCCUGUGCCAUCACAACUGGUUUUUGCUUCCCUCAACGAUGCUAUUCAGAGCGUUCAAUGCAUGCUGACGGACGAGAGUUCGAUCGUUGCAUUGCAAGCAAUCGUUAGUGUGCAACUUCUCUUCAUUUCUAUGCUGCGAUAUAAUGCAGCUUCUCGGCUGCAAGGCCUUGCAGUCCGUAUGGCUUUCCACUUGGGGCUUCAUCGCUGCCCAAUGAAAUUCUCGGAUUUUCCAAGGAAAGAAGCGCGGCUGAGGCAGCGAUUAUUCUGGUCAAUCUAUUGUAUUGAUCGUUAUAUCUCCAUUCGACUUGGUGUUCCCCUCGCCAUUCGAGAUAUAGACAUUGAAGCUUGUUUCCCUACUUUAGAACGACAUCUGGAGGGGGUCCAGUCACAAUCAGAUACUGAUGGACGACUGGACUUGUUCGGAUUUCUUGCAAGACAUGCCGAGAUCAGAGGGUCGAUUACGGAGCUGCGCAACAAAUCUGUCUUGUAUAAGCAGACUGAAGUCGACGACGCCACAGUCAUCGAUGCGAAGCUUAGUAAAUGGUGGAAUGAAGUCGAUGAAUACCUUGAAUCGAAUAGCCAUGAGUCGCUACCAAUAAGCCAAUACCACCAAGUGACUCUUGUUGUUCUCAGAUAUGAGUCAAUCAUCGCCCUCAAUAAGUAUACUGUGGCGACAUCAAAAAAGGGUUCAGUUUAUGAUGCGGCGCUACAAAAUUGUAUUACUGCGGCAAGAUGUAUUAUUAGCACAUUGCACAAGGCAUUGGAGCCUCAAGAUGUUGGCUUCUCUACAACACACGAAGUUGCCGGAAGCUGUGGCCUCCUAUGGCCAUCAUUUACAUGGGCUGUAUGGAUGAGCGCAUUUCUUAUGGUAUACGCAGCAAGGGAAGGCCAGGUUCCCCAAAUUGUAUCUACUCGACUCGUAGACAGGGCCUUUAAAGUUCUAGAACACCUUGCACUACGAGGAAGCAUAUGGCCUAAUGCAUGCGCUAUAGCAAUCCGAGACUUGCGCGCACAACUUGUUAACCAAAGAAUACACUCGAAACAAACAUAUACUCGCAGCAACCACUCGUAUAAAAAUGAUCAGAGUAGAAACAUCCUCCGCACUUCCUCGGGUUUCAUUCCUCCUCGAUCUAAUAGUGGCAACGACUUCAGCGUUGGCACUAGCAACUCGACUAGAUGGCAGAAUCCGGAAACCUCUGGCGCUGGAUCGAACCUUUCCCGUGGCAAUCACGAUAUGGAGAGCAACCAGAAUAUGCCGAGCAUCCAAGAGGAUUCCGAGCCGCCGUCCACAAACCGACUGUCAUCGGUGAACUUCUCUGGCGUGCCGCAGUCUCCCAUGAACUCCCAUAACCGGAUGUUUUCGGAGCUUUCGGGUCUUAUGCCGAGUUUUAGAGACGCUGAGGGGAAUGGAUAUGUGUAUAGGAUGGGAGGGGAGUUGGGACUGGAUCUACAGAUGCCAAAUCAGGACGGAGUAGAGCUGUUUUACGGGCUAGAUACCCCGUUUUGGCUUAAUGGCGAUCAGUGGAGAGGUUUAGGCGAUAAUCCUUAAGCGCAAUGUAUGGUGAAAAGAAUUAGCUAAUAUGGUAAGAGAAUGUGUAAUUUAAAUGGAUGGGGCAGGGCUAUAUGGUAUUAUGGAAUGAAUGUUAAUUUAAGUAGGCAACUUGAGCACCAUGGGUUACUACGCAAGUCAAGAGUAAGGUG